AUGCAUGUGCCUCAACCAAUGGUGAGGUCUGUGAGGGAUGAGUACGACUUCGACUCCUCAGAUGAAGAGGACAUUCGGAAUACUGUUGGUAACGUUCCUAUGCAAUGGUACGAGUCCUUUCCCCAUGUCGGCUACGACGCCUCUGGUCGUCCCAUCAUGCGUCCAACUGUCGGUCAACAGUCCUCUGAUGCUAUUUCAGACUUCCUCAAAACCAGUUCAACUGAACAGGGGGAACAAGAUGCUGAGUGGCGAACAAUCGUCGAUCCCAAAACCGGUCAGUCUGUUGUGCUGAGCGAUCGCGAUCUGGAAAUAGUCACACGUAUGAGCGCAGGAAAGGGUGUACUUGGUGAUAAGGAAGAGGAUAUUUGUCAACCAUGGGAAGACUUUUUUUCGAAUACUGUCCUUCAGAUGCCUGUUACUGCCCACCCUCCUCAAAAGAGGUCAUUUAUUCCCUCUUUGCUGGAUAGACGCAGGGUCGGUCGUAUUACACAUGCAAUAAAAAUGGGUUGGAUUCGACCUCGUCUUCCAGCCUGGGCAUUGGAAGAUGUAAAUGAUCCUGAUCAAGUUCGACGCUACGCAAUGUACAUGAGCUCUGGCAAACCAGGCGCCUUCGAUGAUUAUGAUGAAGGGGAAAUCUUAGGCUUUUCAGCCUCCUCGGUAUCCAACUGUGUGAUGCCUGAUGUGUGGGCGGAUCAGGAUGAGGAGAACACCGAGCAGAACUCCUUUGCAUGGCAGGCCGGUCUCCCGCCCAGUCUUCAGACUUACCGACCGCCACGUCCAAGGCCGUACAUGCGACCAGCUGCAGAACCGCUUCCUGGCCACGCAGAAUCCUACAACCCCCCACCGGAAUUCUUGUUGUCCGAUGAAGAAGAGCGUCAGGUAAUGAGAGCGUGGAGGGACAAGGUGAAAGACAACCAGGCUAGCAAGGUGCCGCCCAUCAUGCCCCGGCGGUUCGGAUGUCUACGUCAUGUGCCCUUCUCAGAGCGCUACCUGCGGGAGCGCGAGGAACGCAUCAAGGACCUGGUCAUGGCAGCGCGGGUGGAGAAGCAGCAGGUACACACCACCCCCGAGGCCCUUCUCCCUCAGAUCCCCAGUCUUGCUGACCUUCGGCCCUACCCCUCCCAUCUGGGUCUUGAAUACAGAUCACACAGUGGUCGGGUGACCGCCCUGUCCAUCUCGCCGUGCGGCCAGUGGUUGGCCUCCGUGUCCCCGGUGGAUGGGUGCCUGCGCAUUUGGGAAACAGCCAGCAACUAUUGUUUCCGAUGCUACCGCCUCGCCCCCGCCCUCUCAUCCAGUGGCAUCAGGCCCGCUUUGGUCGCAGAGGGUCUGCUGAGGCAGAAGCCUCCGGCUGGGAAGACGGUGGAGGCGAAAGUGGGUUCGGAUUCGGCGGAUGUGGACGAGGAGAGACAGCUCUCUGCUCACGUCGCGUGGAAUCCUAAUCCCGAGUUGCGCCUAGUCGCCGCCGCCUUUGGAAAUAAGAUAUUCAUUAUCAACCCGGCCUUGGGUGAUCGUGUGGUGGUGGAGAAGACGGAUAAAAUGCUUCACGAAUGCUGGCAGGCUCAUCUGAUCGAUGUUGAGGAGUCUAAGGCAAGUUAUUUCGUUGUUUCACCGCCGCUUAUCAACCUCCAUAAAGUCGACCUAGACGCCCUGGAAGAAGUUGGUGAGGAGGAGGAAGCCGAGGAAACAGAUGGAGCACCGGCAAACAAAAAGCGGCGGACGGCAGGGGCGAUGCACGGCCAAGUGGCGGUGUGGAGCUUCAAACCUCCUGUCCUCGCUAAUGUCACCGCUAUUAAUGCCACUUUUGAUGUCUCCAACACCUCUAUUCAAUGGGGGUCCAGUGACAGCAACUGUGGCGGUAUAGCAGGCAAACACGCCACAAGGGGCACUUUCCUAACACGAUCACUUUUACUCGAGUUGUCGCGAGUCUCCAUCGAAUUGCAUCAGGCUGGUGUCUCCUCUACUUUUAUUUCUCUCCAAAGUCUCUGCGAAUGCAUCGACCUCUCGUGGCACCCAAAGGGCGACUACUUGCUGAGCCUAAGCAUCUCGCCACUGUCGAGCGAGGCGCGGAGCCGGGCGGCGAACCGGGUACUGCUACAUCGUGUCUCACGCAUGGCCAGCCAGGCGCCCUUCGCCGCGGCCACUGGUGGGCUGGCGGAGGAGUGGCGCUCUGCCGCCUUUCACCCUGCCGGACGACCCACUCUCUUUGUCGCUGCCACUCGCUAUGUCCACACCUUCGACCUUGUCGCUCAGAAGGAGCUGCCUCGUCUCAAACUCGAUCUCUCCUCCGACCACAUUGUUACUUUUGCUGUCCAUCCCACGGGUGAACACGUUAUUGCGGCAACUAGUGACAGUCGGUUUAUUUGGUUUGACGUCGAACUCGGCAAUGUCCCCUUCAAAAAACUGCGGUUGAAUCACGGAACCGUUCGCAAAGUUCACGUCCACAGCCGCCGGCCCCUCGUCUCCGUCGCUCUGGAUGAUGGUUCGCUCUUCAUCAUCCACGGCAAAGUGUCGGAUGAUCUUCUGUCAAAACCGGUCAUCAUUCCCAUCCAACUGAUCCGCACUGGCUUCCACAGCGUUUUCAGCUGCGUCUUUCAUAGCCGCCUGCCGCACGUCUACGCUGGCGGUGAGUGCGGGACCAUUCGACAGUUUGUGCCGUGGCACUAG